AUGGCGUCGAAAAUAUCUAAAAUCGAUGAAUUAUCGAAAAAGACUAGCAACACAAUUCUUAAUCCUAGUAAUUCAACCAGCAGUCAAACCGCCAACUAUUAUUUCAAUUGGAAAGAAACAGAUAGAAUUGAUUUUACUUGUUUGGAAAAAGGAUUGUUAUUAUUCAUUUAUAUUUAUGAAACAUCCGAAAGUGCUCUGGCAACAGAAAUGCUUUUCUGGGAUCAUCAACUCUGUGUUGACAUGAUCACAACGGGGAAAUGUUCGAAGUCUUCGAAUCAAUGUCGUCGUGAACAUCAAACUUCAUAUCGACAAACGAACCUUUGUCCACAAUGGUACGCCAAUAAUCGAUGUACUUUUGGUGAGAAAUGUGAAGAUUCUCAUCGAUUGGAAGGAGUACCAAAUGAAAAUCGUUAUAUCCGCACAGAAAUCGAUGCUGAUGUGUUUAAACUACUUCGAUUCAUUCGUAAUUUUGCUGGACAUUAUAUUGAAUCUGUUAUUCAUGAUCAACAGGAACUUUAUAAGGAUGUUAUGGUUGUUAUGGUGCAUUUGGUACAUGCCUUAAGUCGUAAAAAUGCUGAAUCUAUCGAACAUCUCAAUUUAUUCUUAGAGACAAGUGCUAUGAAUCAAAUGAUUACAAAAGAAAAUCUUCUUUCUGAACUCGACAAAUCAUUCAGUGUACCAGAAAUAUUCUUUGAUUUUCGUCUUAAUUAUAGUGCAGCUUGGUAUCGACCGACUGGAAAUAAACGAGAUGUAAAUUUCAAUCAAUUAUCGCGAGCAUUUGUGACUUAUUUUAAUAGAAUCUUUGUUGAAUACUAUCAAGGACGCCUUAAGUCACGCGGUGCAAAACCAGCAUGGUCUUAA